AUGGUCGAAGACAAUAACCCAGAAGGUUAUGCAAAACAUGACAUAAUUAUACAUUCUCAAUCACAAGGCCUACAAAGAGGACUACGCUUGGCUUCCAGAAAUAUUGCAAAACACAACGAAAAAAAAGUUACUACAAAACAAUACUAUUCCUACAAAUUACAUUUUCAAAAACCUCUAUCAUUACUAUUUUUCAGUGGAAGACUAUUUCAGCAAUACGUAGUUGACAAUUACGUUAAAAUAGAAUCCACACGACUCAAUUAUUUGCGUUUCAACCAGAACAAAAUCUGCCAAGAGAUUUAUCAAGGCUUGCAAGAUUCUUUACAGUCAGAAAUAGUCAAAACUUCAAAUGACGCGAUGGCUUUGGUCCAAACAUAUGGAAAACCAGACUUAUUUAUCACAAUUACAUGUAAUCCCUGGUGGGAUAAAAUAAAAUCAGAACUUUUACAAAGACAAACUCUACAAGACAGACCAGAUCUUAUAGGUAAAAAUAAUUUAUAA